AUGGUUCAGGAGUCCAAAAGGUGCGUGCGGGGGCGUGGCUGGAGAGGGGCGGGUCCUAGCGGCGGAAGGCGGAAGCUGCUGCAGAGUCACCUGAUCCAACCCCGGCGCGGCCCGGGCUGCCGCAGGCUGAGGAGUCGCGGGGCUCCGGGGGUCACCCCGAGCUGCUACCAUGAACCCCGAGAAGGAUUUCGCGCCGCUCACGCCCAACACCAUGCGCGCCCUCAACGACAAGCUCUGCGAAAGCUGAAGGUGGCAGCGCUGGAGAUAGACAGGCUGGUUCGGGAGUUCGUGGCCCAGAACAACACCGUGCAGAUCAGGCAUGUGAUCCAGACGCUGUCUCAGGAGUUUGCCCUGUCCCAGCACCCGCACAGCCGGAAAGGGGGCCUCAUCGGCCUGGCCGCCUGCUCCAUCGUGCUGGGCAAGGACAUCGUGACAGAGAGCAACAAGUUCGACCUGGUGGGCUUCAUCCCCUUGCUGCGGGAGAGGAUUUAUUCCAACAACCAGUACGCCCGGCAGUUCAUCAUCUCCUGGAUCCUGGUUCUGGAGUCCGUGCCAGACAUUAACCUGCUGGAUUAUUUGCCGGAGAUCCUGGAUGGACUCUUCCAGAUCCUGGGCGACAACGGCAAAGAGAUUCGGAAAAUGUGUGAGGUGGUCCUUGGAGAAUUCUUGAAGGAAAUUAAAAAGAACCCCUCCAGUGUUAAGUUUGCUGAGAUGGCCAACAUCCUGGUGAUCCACUGCCAGACCACGGAAAUGUUUCAGAUCCUAAAAUUCAUAUGGAAAUGCAAAGAAUCCAGAAUAGGCAAAACUACGUUUCAAAAGAGGAAAAAGAUUGGAAAAUUCAUACGUCCCAAUUUCAGAACUUACUACAGAGCUACAGUAAUAGAUGGAUAGAUCAAAUAGAACUGAGAAUCCAUAAAUAAACCUUUACAUUUGUGGUCA